AUGCGGCUUAGUUUAGUAGUUGCAGUGGUUGUGAUUCUGUUGGUUACCAUCGCCAGUUUGCCAGCAGAAGGUAAACGCGUGACCUUAGUACCGCUUUCGGCUAGCGAAGUGUAUCGUUUGUUACGUGAAGCCGGUCAGGAGGACGCGGUGCCGGAGGGUCGUGUGGUGACACAAGGUAUAGCCGCUGUUUCCGGUUUCGCAGUCGGUUUGGCCAAAGGUAUUGGCGGCUCAUUGCUUGUGGAUUUGGCAACUAAUCUUUGGUCGUCAACGAGUCAAAAUCCAUCGCAAGAAAUUUGCUUCAACAGCCGUAGCUUGAAUGAGAUAAAUGAUGUGGAUUAUGGUGAUGAGAAUGCGAACGGGGAUACCGAUUAUGCAGCACUGGGUAGACAAACUGUUGAUGAUGAUACUGCAACUACAAGUACAGGCAAUGUACCUUCAACUACAGGUGGCUCUUACAGUGAUAGUGAUAAUAACAGAGCGUCUAAUGGUGAUAAUACGGCCACAUACACUUCCGUUACAACAGAGGAGGGCACAGGUGGAGCGGUGAACUGUGUGGUGCUGUAA